AUGGCCCAAUCGGACGGCAAGCGAGCUCAGAGGAAGGAUUUCAGGCCCAGAGGCGGGGAGAAUUUGCGGAAAGACGUAACAACCAAAUUGCAUACAAAUCCUCAACACCUGCCAACUCGGCGACAAACACCAACAUUCCCGCCCGCCAACGGCGUCGGCGAUGGCGUCAUGCCGUUGCCCUCCAACCGCCUCGCUAAUAGGGCGCUGCAAUAUACCCUCCUCGGCGGCCCGCCUGCCUGGAGGGGCCUGCUGCCGCCGCCCCGGCCCCCGCGCCCGAUAGCGCAAUUGAACACGCCCUCCCCCUCCGGGAGUCCCUGCGCCCAGAUUGGCGCGAGCAGGACCUGGAAGGCACACCUAGGGUUCGGAGCUUGGGUGCGCCUAAGCGGGUUGAGCGUUCGUUAUCUGCGGAGGCCAGCCGGCAUGCGCAUCAUAGAGUUGGACUCUCUUGAUCCGCGCAUCUUUCAGGGCCCGCGCCCCUCUGGCUACCGCCCGGAGUCCUCCCUUGAGGGCCCCAGUGGUGAUUCAUGGGACUGCUGGUCGUGGUUCUGUGCGGUGCCGGCGAACUGA